GCUGGGCACCCGUAUGCGGCAGCGUCAGCUGACACUCGAGAAGGAAGAGCCCAUGAAGGACCGCCUCUUCUUCGUGACCACGGUGGACAGCUCCUGCAGCGGCAGCCAGGUGACCACUGAGGCAUGCCAGCUGCCCAGCUGCUCUGGCUGCACCCCAGAGGACUGCAUCUUCAACCCAUGGUCCUCCUGGUCGGAUCCCACGUGCACUCAGCUUUGUGAGCGUCAUCGGACAGUCGCCCAGGAAAGCAGCUGUGGCGGGAAGGUGUGCAACGGAACGCUGCUGGAGACGAAGAGGUGCGAGCGCCACUGCAAUUUCCCCGUGGACUGCGUCUUCGGAGACUGGAGUGAGUGGCAGGGCGAGUGCCUCAGCCCCCAGGACCAGAGGUUCCAGUCUCGCAGCAUCGAGACACCGGCCAUCAACGGGGGCGAUCAAUGCAAGGGCGCCGGGGGCUUUAUCGGUGAAGUGGAAGACUGCAAGGCGCGAGCGUUUUGCGUGACGACAACGACCUUCAAUUGA